AUGCGUUUGCUAGUGCGAUGGCUCGUCCUUUCGUUUGCUUUCCUAGCAAAUGGCCAGUCAUUUAAUCCUAACGAGGGAGCAACGCAAAGCCACUUUGACGCAGCCAAAGUAGGCACCAAUAAAACAACAAACGCGACAUACUCGAAUCCCAUUAUGACAAUCAACGCUGGCGACCCAUUUAUGACGCGCUAUAAUGGUUGGUAUUUUUUCACAUAUUCGACCAACGACAAUAUCACCUUGAAACGCUCUCGUGCUAUGACGGAUAAUUGGGACAAUGCGGAAGAAAAACUUCUCUUCAAUCCUGAUCCCUCUAGUGGUGAACCCUGGGCCACAGAUUUAUGGGCUCCAGAGAUCCAUCACAUUGGAGACCGCUGGUACAUCAUUUUCAGCGCAACACCCGAUGCAGAUGCACCUCACCCACUCCAGGAUGCCAUGUGCCCUUUCGAGUGUCCCGCUAUUAACCACCGGAUGUUCGUACUAGAAAGUGACGGACCCGACCCCUGGGCUUCGAACUAUAACAUGAAGGGAAUGCUCAAUACAUUCGACCAAUUUGCUAUCGAUGGAACCUAUUUUCAAUACAAAGAUCAGCUUUAUCAUAUCUACAGUUGCUGGGAGAAUACGUACAGCGCCUGGCCUGCUAAUCUCUGCAUCACUCACCUGAACAGCCCUUGGAACGUUUCCUCCAAUCUCAUUGACAGGCGGAUGAUUUCUGUCCCCAGUGAGCCCUGGGAACAAGUUCCGUACGGGCGGCCUGUCCGGCUUGCGACGAACGAAGGCCCGCAACAACUCACCAAUCCUAAGACGGGUCAGAACUUCGUCAUAUACUCGGCGGCUCGGGUGAAUACGCCUUUCUAUUGUUUGGGUAUGUUGGAGCUUGUGGGUGACAAUCCGAUGAACUAUCAAAGUUGGCGAAAGCACCGAGAGGGCUGCGUCUUCCAUCAAAAUCCUGACGCUGGUAUCUACGGAACGGGUCAUGCGAGCUACACAACUAGUCCCGAUGGGACGGAGAGCUAUAUUGUCUAUCAUGCGCAGACGACGGAUAAUCCUUCAACGAAUCUCUAUCGAACGGUUCGCACGCAGAAGUUUACCUGGAAUGAAGAUGGAACGCCGAACUUCCCAAAGGCUUUGAAUGGCCCAUUUCCAGUGCCCAAAGGCCAAAGCUAG